GCGCCCGCCCUUCCCCCCCGGCGCCUAGCGGCGGCCGCCCGGGCCCGGCUCGCGGUUAUAAGAUGGCGGCGCUGAGCGGCGGCGGCGGCGCGGAGCAGGGCCCGGCGCUCUUCAACGGGGACAUGGAGCCCGAGGCGGGCGCGGGCGCGGCGGCGGCGGCGGCCGCGGACCCCGCCAUUCCCGAGGAGGUAUGGAAUAUCAAGCAAAUGAUUAAGUUGACACAGGAACAUAUAGAGGCCCUAUUGGACAAAUUUGGUGGGGAACAUAAUCCACCAUCGAUCUAUCUGGAGGCCUAUGAAGAAUACACCAGCAAGCUAGAUGCCCUCCAACAAAGAGAACAACAGUUGUUGGAAUCCCUGGGGAAUGGAACUGAUUUUUCUGUUUCUAGUUCAGCAUCAACGGAUACUGUUACAUCUUCUUCCUCCUCUAGCCUUUCAGUGCUACCUUCAUCUCUAUCAGUUUUUCAAAAUCCCACAGAUGUAUCCCGGAGCAACCCCAAGUCACCACAGAAACCUAUUGUUAGAGUCUUCCUGCCCAACAAACAGAGGACAGUGGUACCAGCAAGGUGUGGAGUGACAGUCCGGGACAGUCUAAAGAAAGCACUGAUGAUGCGAGGUCUGAUCCCAGAGUGCUGUGCUGUGUACAGAAUUCAGGAUGGAGAGAAGAAACCAAUUGGCUGGGACACAGAUAUUUCCUGGCUUACUGGAGAGGAAUUACAUGUAGAAGUAUUGGAAAACGUUCCACUUACAACACACAACUUUGUACGGAAAACUUUUUUCACCUUAGCAUUUUGUGACUUUUGUCGAAAGCUGCUUUUCCAGGGUUUCCGCUGUCAAACAUGUGGUUAUAAAUUUCACCAGCGUUGUAGUACAGAGGUCCCACUGAUGUGUGUUAAUUAUGACCAACUUGAUUUGCUGUUUGUCUCCAAGUUCUUUGAACACCACCCACUAUCACAGGAGGAGGCCUCCUUAGCAGAGACCGCCCUUACGUCGGGACCCUCCCCGUCCGCACCCCCCUCCGAUGCUCUGGGGCCCCAAAUUCUCACCAGUCCGUCUCCUUCAAAAUCCAUUCCAAUCCCACAGCCUUUCCGACCAGCAGAUGAAGAUCAUCGGAACCAGUUUGGACAGCGAGACCGGUCCUCGUCAGCUCCGAACGUGCACAUCAACACAAUCGAGCCUGUCAAUAUCGACGACUUGAUUAGAGACCAAGGGUUUCGUAGUGAUGGAGCCCCUUUGAACCAGCUGAUGCGCUGUCUUCGGAAAUACCAAUCCCGGACUCCCAGCCCCCUCCUCCAUUCUGUCCCCAGUGAAAUAGUGUUUGAUUUUGAGCCUGGCCCAGUGUUCAGAGGAUCAACGACAGGAUUGUCAGCCACCCCCCCUGCCUCAUUACCUGGCUCACUUACUAAUGUGAAAGCUUUACAGAAAUCUCCAGGACCUCAGCGGGAAAGGAAAUCGUCCUCCUCCUCAGAAGACAGGAAUCGAAUGAAAACACUUGGAAGGAGGGAUUCAAGUGAUGAUUGGGAGAUUCCUGAUGGGCAGAUCACUGUGGGACAGAGAAUUGGAUCAGGAUCAUUUGGGACAGUCUACAAGGGAAAGUGGCAUGGUGACGUGGCAGUGAAGAUGUUAAAUGUGACGGCACCCACACCUCAGCAGUUACAGGCCUUCAAAAAUGAAGUAGGAGUACUCAGGAAAACUCGCCAUGUGAAUAUCCUCCUCUUCAUGGGCUACUCCACCAAGCCGCAGCUGGCCAUCGUCACGCAGUGGUGUGAGGGCUCCAGCUUAUAUCACCACCUCCACAUCAUCGAGACCAAAUUCGAGAUGAUCAAGCUCAUAGAUAUCGCCAGGCAGACAGCACAAGGCAUGGAUUAUUUACACGCCAAGUCAAUCAUCCACAGAGACCUCAAGAGUAAUAAUAUUUUUCUUCAUGAAGACCUCACAGUGAAAAUAGGUGAUUUUGGCCUCGCCACAGUGAAAUCUCGGUGGAGUGGCUCCCAUCAGUUUGAACAGUUGUCUGGAUCCAUUUUGUGGAUGGCACCAGAAGUAAUCAGAAUGCAAGAUAAAAACCCAUAUAGUUUUCAGUCAGAUGUAUAUGCUUUUGGGAUUGUCCUGUAUGAACUGAUGACGGGGCAGUUACCUUACUCAAACAUCAACAACAGAGAUCAGAUCAUCUUUAUGGUGGGUCGAGGCUACCUGUCACCAGAUCUCAGUAAGGUACGGAGUAACUGUCCGAAAGCCAUGAAGAGGUUGAUGGCCGAGUGCCUGAAGAAGAAGAGAGAGGAGAGGCCGCUCUUCCCCCAGAUCCUCGCCUCUAUCGAGCUGCUGGCCCGCUCAUUGCCAAAAAUUCACCGCAGUGCAUCAGAACCCUCCUUGAACCGGGCUGGCUUCCAGACGGAGGAUUUCAGUCUCUAUGCUUGUGCUUCUCCAAAAACACCCAUCCAGGCAGGGGGAUACGGAGAAUUUGCAGCCUUCAAGUAGCCACACCACCGGGCAGCAUCUACUCUUUGUUUCUUAAGUCUUGUGUUCGUACAGUUUGUUAACAUCAGACACAGUUCUCUUCCUCCAAUCUUUUUUUAAAGAUAAAGAAUUUUCAAUGCAUAGCUGGUAUGGAACAGAGUGGAAUUUCCCAUCCAUCGAAAGAGGGACGAAUGUUUUAGGACCAGACUCCUCUGCUGCCAGUGUUUCUUCUUCGACACAAAUACCGCGUGCAUACCAGUCUGCCUGCUCCCCGGAAGAGAGGAGAGAGCCUGAGCGCUGACCUUUUGACGGUCAGGCAUGAUGGAACGAAAGUGCUGCUACCGCUUGGGACUUGGCUCUGGGAAGCCCGCCAGGUGCCUGGCCCCUAACCUGCACGCCCACCGGGGGCUGCUCAGCCGAGGGGGCGGCGCGAUCCCCGGCACCGUUCUCUUUCCUGUUCUGGGGUUUCGUGGUGGAGCGCUCUUUCCUCCGUUCAUUUCCGAGGGAAGGAACAAAGAUGCAGCAUGCCCGUGCCGCGAGGGCGGGCGGGCCUCGCGUGGGCCCAGGCCAGUGGUACCCAGACGAAACAGAAGUAAGCGCGUGCAUCGCAGACGGGGCCCGAGGGGCGAGGAGGAGGAAGGGGGUCGGUGUGGAGGCGAAGGGGAUGCUGCAUCUUUUUCCGGACCUCCUGGGUGGCGGCCUGCGGUUUCCUGGUAGGCUGGGCUGUGCGGGCACAGGCCUUCCCUUCUCACUGGGCCCCGCAAUGGAGACACGCACCGGGGUGCUCCACAUCUAGCAAGUUCUCAGGAAAUACAGUGGAUAUCUUCCUCUAAGCUCUUCCAGUCACCAAGUACCAAUGUGGCUGCUCUGUCCAGGCCCCCCGGCGCCCGGCAGGGUCUAAUCAGAAGCCCACCAAACUGCUUCAUAACGGUUUUGAAUGUGAGACAUUUAUGUAACUUAAAUGUAAGGUACACAUUUUAAUUUCCAAGUUUCUUCUAUUAUAUUUUUAUUAAAUAACUUUCAGAUCUAAUUGAAUUGGAAUAAAAUAAGCCUUCCCACCAGAAUUCUAUAUCCUGGAAAAUUGUAUUUUUGUUAUACAAGCAACUUUUAAAGAAAGGCGAUCCUUUUUCUCUAUUGAAAUCAUGGGGAGUCGUAGCAUAAUGACCGAUCUUUAUCAUUUUUAAAUUCAUGGUACUUGCUGGAUCCACGACUAACAUCUUUGCUAAUAUUCAUUGUUUCUCCCGACUGCACUCCGACUCUACGUUCUGCAUCUUCCUUCUAGUCUCAUCUAGAAUAUGCAACCUAAAAUAAAAAUGGUGGUGUCUCCAUUCAUUCUCCUCCUUCCUUUUUCCCCCAAGCCUGGUCCUCAAAAGGUUGGAUAAUUUGGCAGUCACGUUCCCAGGCACAGAAUAGAGUGAUGUAGGUGUCCUGGGACGAAGGGAAGUGGUGUGGGCCUACUUUUGUCCUUUGUGUCGGAAAAAGCUGCUACGUUUUUAAGCUAAAGCUCAUUUAAAAAAAAAAAAAAGGAAAACAAAAUCUGUGACUCUGGGUUUGUCCUGGCAGAUCCCUCCCUUAUCCGACACAUUCUGGAAUCUCUCCUCAGGAUUUAGGAAUGUAAAGCAAAUCUAAGGUAUCAGCCCGACCAGGCUCUGAAAGAAAUUAAGGGAGGCUCUGUGAGAUGAUUCAGAGAACUGAACAUUGUUACUACAAAUUGUGUGUUUUCUGGAAAAUCUUUGCCCUCUGUCUCUUUUUUAGUCUACUAAAGCUCACUGCCAUUAGAUGACUUUCGCUCAGACAGUGUCCUCAGAGGAAGGUUGCUGAAAAGGUGUUCGCAGGGAGACGGAAGCGAGUCCCAGUCAGCGGUGACGCGCACAAGCCCCGUGCCCCUCUGCGUGUCGGCAGCCGUGUCCUAGCACACUGGGACCCCGCAGGCUUGGGAACCGGUUUCUGCUCACUGAAAGAGCAUGGUGCUGCCCCGCCUUUAAAAACAUGGUCUUGGGAACGUGGGUCCUUGGAAGUGAGUCCCAGCGAUGCUUUCCAGCGUGGAGAGAGCUGGCCUUGAGCACGGCUGGCCCUGCCGGUUAGGGGCGCAGACCCCAGGCAGGGCGCAGGAGGUUUCCCUGCGCUUUCCUCAGGCUCGAGAACGUGGUUCAGGGCAUCACUGAGCUUUUCCUUCGGGCCCUUAGGAAGACAGAACACUGGGCCGGAGAGAGUAGAGCAGGGAAGGGACUUGCCUUGCACACAGCUGACCUGGCUUGGACCCCUGGUCCCCCCCGUACUGUCCCCCAAGCCCUGCGAGGAGUCAGGAAUAAACCCUGAGCACAGUUGGGUGUGGCCAAAAAAAAUUUUUUUUUGUUUUGAUUAAAAAUUAACUUUACCCUUUAUGCCGUCAAAAUUUCUGUUUUAGAGCACAUGCGACAUGAGAAAAGGUUUCCUCUCAGUCUCGCUUUAUUUUUUGAUACUUGGAUCGCAGGUAGACUCGGGAGCUCCCUGGGAAGGGUCAGGGGCGCUCCUGGUCGGCGUGAAGCACUUUAGCGCGGCCGGGGAGCCAGUGCGUGGCCCGGCAGACACCGCGGCCCCCGGGAAGGGGCGAGGGACGGGGGGCGAGGCCGCCGACCAGCUGUGACGGGGCCAUGAAGGACGGCUCUUAAAUGGGAUGGUUCCUGGCGGACUUUUUCGUUGUUCAGUGAGAAUCUGGGGGAUCGACUUCAGCCCCCAAAGUACUGUCGGCCAGUAAGAGCAGAGACGGGACACUGGCGAGCAGCAGAGCCAGGGACACGGUCCUGCUGUCCCAGCACCCAGUCCUGGCGGCGAUGCCGAGGACGCCGACUCCAGACCCCGCAGACCCCACCCAAACGUACUUGGAACGUCUGUCUCCCAGGCCGGGAGCUCUGCGGGGCUCAGAGAAACCAUCCCGCCUCCAGCCCGAAGCUUGGCAGUCCCGUCCAAGGCUCCAGUUCGUGCAGGCCUUGCUCCGCGCUCAUGCUGACCCCUCGUCACCACCGAGCAGGGUUCAGCCAACCCUUCCCGAAACUACCUCCGGAGAACGAGGUUCCUCUUUCCAAAUCGGGACAGUGUGGACUGGGAUCCGAGCGCUCACGUCAGCCGUCAGGCCGCAGAAACGGAGCUCAGGAGACCCCCGGUUGGAACGAGGUGCCACCGUCCGCGUGGGGCUCGCCUUCAGCCUCGUCACCUUCACGGAGUCGGGGGGACCAUUGCUGAGCCGCAGCGGGCUUGGCAAGGCAGUCUGGCUACCACUCUGUCACCGGGGAUCCACCCGCCACGAGGCGGGCCUCCCCGCCCACAAGACCCUCUGGUCAGCGUGAGCCGCGCCUGGGCCCGGGGCGUCACUCGUGACGUUCUCAGUGCAAACAUGGUGAUGUUCUGAGGCCGGGCAGCAGCUCCUUCAUUGCCGUGGGGUGGGGAAGGCGCUGGAAAAAUACCUUGACAAUUUGCCAAAUGAUCUUACCCAAAUGAUCUUACCGUGCCUUCGUCAUGCAAUAAAACAGCUGACAUUUCAGCAGGCCGCGCCGGGGUGGGGGAGGAGCCGCUCUCGGCCCCUCUGCUGGUCUUUAGGGGCAGUUGAGACCGCGAGGUCAAUGUUCUAAGGGUUUAUAGCCAAGAAGAAGAAGAAUCCACUCAUUUAAAAAUUAAAAAAAGAGAGAAAACAGGUAAAUUUUCAGCGAACAAAACUAUUUUUUUAAAGCACACAAUCCCUCGUGGAGUCAGUUAUAUUUAUCACAUAGAGCAACGAGGUUGAAACUGUAGUUCAGUGACGUUUCUAGCGAAACUUUUCUACUCCUGUGGGUCCCUCAAGGCGUGGGACUUUUAAGCGAAGCCUCGAGAGCUGUUUCCUGCUGAGGGAAGCUGCGGGACAGACGAGUUCCGAGUCCUGGGCGCCGCUGCCCGCCCGUUCCUGGGUGAACUCCGUCGGUAGCUUGAGCGGGACGGGCUGUUGUGAGUCGGCUGCAGUCUCAUCUGCCACCAGACACCCCGGCGCCUUCCGGCCGGGUUGCAAGAGCAGCUCUGCCUGCCCGGGGGGGGGGGGGGGGGGGGGGAGGUCAUCGGAAGCAUCAGGACCCGAGACCGUCAGCUCUGCUGUUGCCGGCAAACUUCGCUGCCGCCUGGCAGUUGAACCCUAAGUCAACAGAGUUCGCUGGCGGGACGGGGACGGUGGCUGAGACAGGCGGCCGAAGUCCUGAAGCCUCGGGUGACGGAAACCGUGCUUCACCGCAAAGCACAGAGGGACCCGGACCCCCGCCCCCUCCGGAAGUACGUCUUUUUAAAUGUCAGCAACAAUUUCACCUGUGAAUGUAGUUUUUUAUUCCUUGCUAAAUCCGGCGGUUUUGACUCUUGCAAGGAGAGCAGCAGUCGUGCGUGAGAACACAGCCAGUGUCCAGCGUGUGACGCGUUUUUUUUUUAAAGAGAAUCCUCUAGACGGAAGUACUUUUUAAAAACAAAGGAACUGGAGUUGGUUUUUAUGUUCGUAUCAGCAAUAUCUCUGUGCCAGGGCUCGGCGGCUCCUGGCCCUGGCACACAGCCCCAGACAGAUGGCCCAGCGGCUCCCGUCCGGCCCGGGGGUGGGGCGGGGGACUCGCGAGGGAGAGCUGCUUAGCCCGGUUCUGUCCUGAGAAGUUCGUGUUGUGUUCGUGCGUGCCGCCUUCCUAACCCGUGUGUUGUAGUGCCGUGUGUGUCCUCCCAUGCACAGAGACUGGGGACUCGCGUAGGUAAGCCGUGUGGCCCCAGCAUCGAGACAAAGGGACCAAAGCGUCAGGGGAGAGGCCGUGGACACGAGGUGGGAAGUAAACCAGUGACCUAGACUGCAGCGUCCGAGUGCAAUAAGUGUGCUGCUUCCUCUAAGCUGUGAACUCAUCCCCUCCGUGUGCGUCUGUCCGCUGGCCCUCCCCGACCCGUCGGGGACUCGCUCCCUCCCGUGCAGCGGCCUGUGGUUCCGUGUCUGCCCUGACCGUCCCCUCCCUCAGCCCAAGCCAGCCAGCCGCGUGUGCCCCUCGAAUUCUGUUGGGUCGUGACCGCUGCUCUGGGUUUGGGCCCAAAGAAAUCAAGUCGCCCCCAUUCCGCGAGCACGUGGGUUUGAGGACAGUUCUCCAAGGGACAGGGCAAGGAAAAUCCUUAGGGUUUUCACUGUGCUGCGGCCGGGACUCCUGGUCUCCCCCCUACUCUGGUGGCCUUGACACUCACACUCCCGCCUCGCUGCCAGUGAGGCUCCCGCAUCCACUCAAGCACAGAAAGGUCUGGGUGUGCCCGGGGGAAAGGUGGGAUGGUUUCCAUGGCCCGCACACCUCUCUCUACCUGCUUUGCAAAAAUUACAAUGGAGUAACUAUUUUUAAAGCUUAUUUUUCAAUUCAUAAAAAAAAAUAAAAUAAAUUUAUUUUCCGUCAGAUGGAUGUCUCCCUUUGUCCCUUACUCCUCAAUGUUUGCUUGAAUCUUCCUUUUUAAAAAAAAAAAAACAAAAAACAGAAAAACAAAAAGACUCUUCCCACACCUACUUCUUGAUACUUCGGUUCUCUUUCCUGCUCAGGUCCCUUCAUUUGUACUUUGGAGUUUUUCUCAUGUAAAUUUGUACAAUGGAAAAUAUUGUUCAGUUUGGAUAGACAGCAUGGAGAAUUAAAUUUUAAAAAAGAUAGCCGAACUUCAGAUUGAAGAAAUUUAUUUGUGUAAAGUUAUUUAAAAACUGUAUUAUAGAACAAGGCAAACAAGCUCUCUGUACUUGAUGUGAAUAUGCGCAUACACUCUAAUAAAGAUUGACUGCAUGGA